UCAUUUUUUCCCUUUCUGGCAAAGUCGAAAAUGGCGCUAAUAGCUCUGUUCGUUUCCGCAACCAAGCUCGCCGGAAUCUUGGUUACAGUCACCGUUGCCGCUAACGCCUUCACUUACUCUCGUUUUCGUCGCAAAAGCCUCCGCCCCUUCCACUCCCCUAUCGACGAGUCCUCCCACACACUCGCCGACUUCAAUGUCAACGAUGGUGAAAAUGAGUUUUUCUUUGGGCUGGCCACGGCACCUGCACAUGUUGAGGACAGAUUGGAUGAUGCUUGGCUUGAAUUUGCGGAGGAAAGUCCGUGCGAGAAAACGGAGGCAGGAGAUGAACCAGUGUUAGUAGAUUCCAUGAUUGGUACUGCUGGUGGUGAUGGUGGUUCACAGCCAAAAACAACUUCUUCAUCAACUUCUGAUAAAGUUAAUCAAGCAAGUAAGAAAAAGAAGCCUCUUAAAUUAGCUUUGGAAGCGAUGAUAAGAGGGUUUGAAAAGUAUAAAGAAGAAGAAGAUGAUGAUGAUGACUCUCCUGCUUCACAUGAAGAGUGCCAUCAUAAUGUAGCUGCAUGGCAUAAUGUCCCACACCCAGAGCAAAGGUUAAAGUUUUGGUCUGAACCAGAUACAGAACUGAAAUUAGCAAAAGAUACCGGUGUGAGUGUCUUUAGAAUGGGUAUAGAUUGGUCACGUAUUAUGCCUGAGGAGCCAGUGGAAAAUAUUAAAGAUACUGUUAAUUAUGCUGCUCUGGAGCGUUAUAAGUGGAUAAUUAACAGAGCACGGUCACACGGAAUGAAGGUUAUGCUGACUCUUUUCCAUCAUUCUCUGCCAUCAUGGGCUGGGAAAUAUGGUGGGUGGAAGCUGGAAAAAACGGUUGACUAUUUCAUGGAGUUUACCAGGCUCGUUGUUGACAGUGUAUCUGACAUAGUAGACUAUUGGGUAACAUUUAAUGAACCUCAUAUCUUCUGCAUGCUUACUUAUUGUGCGGGUGCUUGGCCUGGCGGUCAUCCUGAUAUGCUAGAGGUUGCAACUUCUGCAUUACCAAUGGGUGUAUACCAACAGGCUAUGAAUUGGAUAACUAUAGCACACUCGAAGGCCUAUGACUAUAUUCAUGAACGAAGCAUCUUACCGAAUCCAAUAGUUGGAGUUGCGCACCAUGUCUCAUUUAUGCGUCCAUACGGUCUGUUUGAUACUGCUGCUGUUUUACUGGGCAAUUCCAUGACUCUCUUCCCUUUCAUCGAUAGUAUUUCUGAGAAGUUGGAUUUUAUAGGCAUAAACUACUAUGGACAGGAAGUCUUGUGUGGUACUGGACUGAAGCUAGUAGAGACCGACGAAUAUAGUGAAUCUGGACGCGGGGUGUAUCCUGAUGGCUUGUAUCGCAUGCUGCUUCAGUAUCAUGAAAGAUACAAACAUUUGAAUGUACCUUUCAUUGUUACAGAAAAUGGAGUUGCAGAUGAGACAGAUUUGAUCCGCCAACCAUAUCUGAUAGAGCAUUUGCUAGCUAUUUACGCAGCCAUGCUCAAGGGUGUUCCUGUGCUAGGGUAUCUGUUUUGGACUAUUUCUGAUAACUGGGAAUGGGCAGAUGGAUAUGGUCCAAAGUUUGGACUUGUAGCUGUUGAUCGUGCAAAUUCUCUUGCAAGAGUACCGCGUCCUUCGUACCAUCUCUUUACCAAGAUAGUGACCACAGGUAAAAUUACACGAGAAGACAGAAGAAAUGCAUGGAACCAACUUCAUAGAGCUGCAAAGGAGAAGAAAACAAGACCCUUCUACCGAGCGGCUAAUAAGAAUGGUCUGAUGUAUGCAGGAGGACUUGAUGAACCCAUACAGCGACCUUAUGUGAAUCGUGACUGGCGAUUCGGACACUAUGAGAUGGAAGGUCUUCAUGACCCCUUAAGUUGCUUAUCAAAAUUCAUUCUUGGACCUUUAUCCCUCAUAAGGAAAAAGAAGCAUGAAGAAGAAGAAGAAGAAGAAGAUGAACCAUUGGUUCUUCAACCUCUUGAGCUUACUGUUUGAUUAUUUUACUGCUCAUAUCUCAUGCUUGACACUUAUUGCACUUUGAUUUUGUAACCAUUUGAAUUCGUCACCAUGCUAAAUGUGUGCUAAUUUAGUUAUUAUUACCCUUUCAAUUGCUUA